CGUGAUCGUGUUCCUCUGCCCUGCGGAGCUGUUACAUGAAAACCAACACAUCAUAUCAUCCGUCUGCAUGUGAGUUUGCAGGUCGUUUCACCUGAUCGCUCCACGCAGACACCAUGAAACUCAUCAUACUCAACGACUAUGACCAGGUCAGCGAAUGGGCUGCCAAAUACAUCAGAAACAGGAUUAGAAAAUUCAAUCCAGGUCCUGACAGAUUCUUCACUCUCGGACUUCCCACAGGAAGCACUCCCCUCGGAUGCUACAAGAAACUUAUCGAGUAUCACAAGAGGGGAGAAGUAUCUUUCCAAUAUGUGAAAACGUUUAAUAUGGAUGAGUAUGUAGGACUUCCUAGAGAACAUCCUGAAAGUUAUCACUCAUUUAUGUGGAACAACUUCUUCAAGCAUAUUGACAUCCGAGCAGAGAACACUCAUAUCUUGGACGGCAACGCGUCCAAUCUAGAGAAAGAAUGUCAGGACUUUGAAGCCCAGAUCAAAGCUGCUGGAGGAAUUGAACUUUUUGUUGGCGGUAUUGGACCUGACGGUCACAUCGCCUUCAAUGAGCCCGGUUCUAGUCUUGUGUCCCGAACACGUGUUAAGACUUUAGCCAUGGACACGAUCCUGGCUAAUGCACGUUUCUUUGAUGGAGAUCUUUCUAAAGUCCCCACCAUGGCUCUCACUGUUGGUGUUGGUACGGUCAUGGAUGCUCGGGAGGUCAUGGUACUUAUCACGGGUGCUCAUAAAGCAUUUGCCCUCUAUAAAGCCAUAGAAGAGGGAGUAAAUCACAUGUGGACUGUAUCAGCUUUCCAGCAGCAUCCUCAGACUGUAUUUGUGUGUGAGGAAGAUGCCACACAGGAGCUGAGGGUCAAAACGGUCAAGUAUUUCAAAGGCAUGAUGCAUGUGCACAAUAAGAUGGUGGACGAGCUAUAGAUCUACAGUCAAGAGAAGAAUCUACACAGAUUUCGCAGUUUAGCAAUGUUGUGUUUUUGAUCACAUUUAGUUCUUUUUCAUUUUUUGAUAAAGUUUAUACUUUGUUAUUAAACAUACCUGAUUUUGAAUAAUGAAUAUUAUACUACUUAUUACACAGUCACAAUGGAAUAAUAUAGUGAAUAAGUGGCACAUUAUUGAUAAACUGGUGUUUGAAGGGAAUUACUUGUGUGUCUCAUUUCUACACAACAGUAUACUGUACUGUACUGUAUUUAUUUUUAACUGACAGGAUGUGUUUUCUAUCAUGUGCUUACAAAAUAAAAACCGUUUCAGUAUCUCAC